AUGACUUACUACACCUACCAACAGGUACCUGUCGUGCCAUUUGUUGCACAGGUCCCAGUCCAACAAAUACCUUACUGCCAACAGAAUUUGGGAUAUACUGUUCCUAACCCAACAUACGCACUCCCUUAUCAAGUUAUACAACCAGUUUACCAACAAGCCCCAGCGACAAUUGGUGGGUAUCCAUGCUCAAAUCCGACAUACCCAAUAGCUCCUUCCUAUAUUGCUGGUUUUAAGUGGAUGCCCAAAUGUG